AUGACUAUCAAACUACUGAUAGUAGACCAUUAUGAUUCAUAUACUAACAAUUUACUUAAAUUAUUAAACCCACACAUAAAAGUAAAUAUUAUAAACCACGAUAAAAUAAUAGACUACUCGAUUAUAGACUCAUUCGACGCUAUCAUUCUCAGUCCUGGCCCUGGCCGGUCAGAUAACGAUAAGGAUUUCGGUGUAGCGAGCAAAUUAAUAAAGUAUGCAUUAGAAAUGAACAAGCCACUACUUGGUAUUUGUUUAGGUCAUCAAGGUCUCGCUACAACGCUAUGUCCAGAUGCUAAACUCUCAACUGUGAAGAAGAUCAAGCAUGGACAUAGAAUACCCAUACAAUUCAGCGAUAGUAGACUAUUCAACGGUAUUCACCGGUCUUUCAACGUCGUCACCUACAAUUCUCUCACAAUCAGUGACCCAAAUGAUGCGCUCAAAGAAUCCAAUCUGAAGGUAACAGCGACAGAAUUACAUGACAGCGAAUCGAUAAUGGCUUUAGAACAUAUAAAAGCUCCUCUAUUUGGUGUUCAGUUCCAUCCUGAGUCAAUUGAGUCUGAAUUUGGUAGACAGAUUAUGCAGAAUUUCUUAAAUAUAUCACUUGAAUACGCAAAUGAUGUUCAAGAAAUACCGCAAAGUGUGAUAGAUAGUUCAUCUAUUGCGUUAGAGUCUCAAAAAUCGAUGCCCAAAACACAACCUGCGUUUAACGUUACCGAGGAAAUUGUCGAUUUGCCUGUCAAUACAGAUGAAGUUUUCGAUACAAAAGUCCGCCAAUUAUCAGGAUUAGGAAGUAUAUGGCUAGAUUCAGCCAAGCUUGUUGAAGGUGUCGACAGUACGUCUUAUCUUGCAAAGCCAUCAAUAGUGAUAUCUUAUAAAUUAUCUGAUAAGAGUUUAAACAUAAAGACAAAUACCUCAUACCAUCAAUUUACAAUAGAUGGCUCAUUUUGGGAUUGGUUUGACAAAUUACAAAGGUUAAUAGAAAGUCUAACCAAUAUGAAAACACAUGAGGGAUUUACAGUUGGUUGGAUCACGGCAUUGGGAUACGAACUUGGUAAGGAGUCAUUGGAAGGAUAUAGUACAUGCCAGACGAAACUUGACGAUGUACAAUUUAGUAGUGAACAGAAUCAAGUUGAUGCGCUCCUUCUAUUCUGCAAUGAGGUGCUAACAUACGAUCAUAUCAAUAAAGUUUGGCGGCAGUUCGCAUUGGAGCAGAUUGACGGUAUUAAAUCCAAUGAUCUAGAGCUUGACGAUGCUAUGCGUUUCAUUCUUGAUAAUCUAACCACUACAUCAAAGUUGAAAGAGCAUUAUCCAAGAAAAUCUAAUCCACAAAUCCAAACAUUACCAUAUAAGUGCAAACACACUCCCCAGGCCUACAUAAAUGCAAUUGAGGAAGCUCGAAGACAAAUCGAAUACGGAGAGAGCUACGAAUUGUGUUUAACAACGAGAUUCGUAGCUGACGCUAAUCACUUAAACCAGGAGGGUUGCUGGGAUGUCUACAAGCAUUUGCGGUGCUCCAAUCCAGCACCUUAUGCUGCAUUCAUCGACAUACCGUCCCUCAAUCUAGCCAUUCUGAGUAGCUCACCAGAGAGAUUCAUGAAAGUGGGCAUUGACAGACUUGUCGAAAUGAAACCUAUAAAGGGCACAGUGGGAAGAAACAAAGAGGAUAAAGAGAAUGACUCCUUACUAGCUACCAAAUUGCAAAAUGAUGAAAAGGAAAGGGCUGAAAAUUUAAUGAUUGUCGACUUAAUUAGAUCAGAUCUGCUAUCGUUCUGUGAACCUGAAACAGUGCAAGUGCCACAUUUGAUGUGUAUUGAAACGUUUGAGAAGGUACAUCAAUUGGUGAGCACUAUAAGGGGCAGACGGAGGGCGAACGUGGGUGUAGUCGAAGGUAUCAAGAGGUCUUUCCCGCCUGGUAGUAUGACAGGAAGUCCGAAACUGCGAUCUGUGAAGAUACUAGAAAAGCUCGAAAGGUCAAAUAGAGGGUUUUACUCUGGUUGUAUCGGAUAUAUCGGCGUGAAUGGAUGUACAGACCUAUCAGUCGUAAUAAGGACGAUAGUAUAUGGUAAUAAAGAACUUAAAAUUGGUGCGGGAGGCGCCAUAACGUACCCUUCUAUAGCUCAAAACGAGUGGGAAGAAGUAUUAACAAAGGCUCGUUCAGUCGUUAGUAAAUUGAUAGAAUAUUAG